AUGGCCAAGGAAACCCUGCAAAUCUCAAACCCCGUUACCCUCCCGUGCGGCCUCACCCUGCCUAACCGGCUCGUCAAGGCCGCGCUGGCCGAGGGCUGGGCCAGCCGCGACCGGCGCCCCCACGAGGACCUCAUCGACACCUACCGUCUCUGGGCCGAGGGCGACUGGGGCCUGCUCAUCACCGGCAACGUGCAGGUCGACUCGACCUACCUCGGCACCCCCGAGGACGUCUCGCUCAACGAGCGCCUCAGCCGCGCCGCCCACGUCGAGUCCUGGGGCCGCUGGGCCGCCGCCGCCUCCGAGCGCGGCACCCCCGCGCUCGUCCAGAUCAACCACCCCGGCCGGCAGUCGACCAUCGGCGCCGGCACCAAGGGCCUCUUCGGCAAGUCCAUCGCGCCCAGCGCCGUCGGCGUGCGUCUCGGCUCCGGCUGCGUCGCCUCCGCCGCCAGCGCCCUCGUCUUCGGCACGCCCCGCGCCAUGACCGAUCUGGAGAUUGACGACGUGGUGCGGCGCUUCGCGACGGCGGCCAAGAUUUCGGAGGAGGCCGGGUUCGCGGGCGUGGAGAUUCACGCGGCGCACGGAUACCUGCUCUCGCAGUUCCUGUCGGCCAAGAGCAACCGCCGCGAGGACGGGUACGGCGGCUCACCGAAGAACCGGGCGCGGAUCGUGGUCGAGGUGAUUCGGGCGGUGCGCGCGGCCGUCUCGCCCAAGUUCUGCGUGGGCAUCAAGAUCAACUCGGUGGACCACCAGAGCCCCGGCGAGCUCAAGGACUGCUUGGAGCAGCUCACGGAGAUUACCAACGCCGGCGUCGACUUUCUGGAAAUCAGCGGAGGAAACUACGAGAAUCCCUUGAUGAUGGCGUCCGUCGUCAGCGAAGCCGGCGUCAAGGUCUCCGCCAGCACCGCGACGCGCGAGGCCUUCUUCCUCGACUUUGCCAGCGCGAUCCGAAAGACGUUCCCCGGGCUGCUGCUCAUGGUCACGGGCGGCUUCCGCAGCCGGCUCGGCCUCGAGUACGCCGUCAAGAGUGGCGCAUGCGACCUGACCGGCAUUGGGCGGCCGUCCGUCCUCGAGCCGAGGCUUCCCAGGAGCAUCAUCUUCAACGCCGACGUCAGCGAUGAGGACGCAAGACUGCCGACCAAGAGCUUCUCCCAGGCCACGCUGAGCCGAUGGCUGGGAAUCAAGGGCCUGGGUGGCGGCACGGAAACGCUUGGAUAUCUUGGUGAAAUUCAUAGAAUGCAAAAGGUUGCCGCCGCUUAUGCGGUAUAG